AAAACAGUGAGACACCCUCGGAAUGAAUUUGGGUGGAAGGAAACGCUAAAAAUGAUGAAGCGAUCAGAUGAAAGCGAUCCUCCGAUGGCACUUGAAAGCGCGGAACUCAAACGUAGACAUUCGUAUGCGGUUUCGGUUAUAUGUCUCCUAUUGCUACUUCCCCUCGUCAUGGUUGUAGGUUGUGGCCCAUUAGUAACCACCGAUCCACAAUCCAGUAUCUUUCCUGAAGAUUCCGAUGUAGAUACACGUCCCGAAAAGACGUGGCCCGUGGAACGAACACUCGUUAGUAACGAAGUUAACUGUAUUGCCGCCGAUUCAGACAACGUAUGGAUUGCAACAGCAAAAGGGGUUUCGCGAUGGGAACGCCAGCAGGAUAAGUGGCACCACUACACGAUGGAAGACGGACUCGCGAACGAUAUGGUAAACGCCGUCGCAAUUGAUGGGCAGUGGGUCUGGUUCGCCACGGAUGAAGGCGUAAGCCGCUACGACACGGAGACGGACACCUUUACAACCUUUCGUAGCAUUGAUGGUCUCGCGAGUGACGAGGUCUCCUCCAUCGCGGUGGACGGAAACUACGUCUGGUUCGGGACUGCCAAUGCAGGCGUGCAUCGUUUCAUCAAACCUGUUAAUACUUGGGUGCAUUACACCAAAGCAGACGGGUUGUCGAGCAAUCACGUGAGUUGGAUUACGACCCAAGGUAACGAUGUCUGGUUUGGCAGUAAAGAAGAUGGGGUAAGUCGCUUUGACAAGGUAAGCGGCGAAUGGACAAUUUACAAGCAAUCCGAUUUUCUGGCGGAUAACGAUGUCCGAGACAUAGCACGCGAUGCAGACGGAAACCUCUGGAUGGCAACAGUGGCGGGUAUCUCUGUUUACUCUCCGCAAACGCGCAUCUGGGAAGUCGUCUCCAAAGAAGAUGGACUGCCAACCCCUUACAUCAUGUCGGUUCAUAUUAGCCGUCAGUCGAAUAGCCGUCAGCCAUCAGCCAUCAGUGGUCAGUUAAGAGAUGGACCUGUUGAACCAGAGUCCUCUUUAACUGAUAACCGACAACUGAAAACUGAAAACUAUAAAACUGACAGCCGACAACUGACAGCCAGCGAAGUGAGCGAACUGAAAACUAUUCCCGCCGAAAGCCGUUCCUCGCAGAUUUGGAUAGGGACAGAUCGUGGGCUCGGUUCAUGUACACACCUU